CAAACUAGUCAAUAAAAAAAUUCUAAUAAAAUAGAUACUAAAAAUAUAUUUCCAAUUUUAACACAUUUAGAAAUCAAUAUGACCUUCAACAAAUAUGAAGGGAAGUGCAAAAAUGACAUAGUAUGGUGAGAAUAACAAAAAAUGGCUAAAUAGGAUGAAAUAAAUGGGCUUGAAGGUGACAGAUAUUGUCGGUGGGGUCCACCUGUUGAACAAGGAUUCUGAUGUGUUUGCUGAGUGUGUGUUUCUUUGAUUCAUUCAUUCAUUCGUUGUUUUUUUGUUUCUGUUGUGUUGGGUUUGGGCGAAACCUCUGUACACUGUAACCCUUUCAUCCCCUCUCUUUCGAUUUGGGGGUUAUUGCAUUUCAAUUCGGCAACCCUCUUUUUCGAUUUCUGCAAUGUCAAAUUCAGAUUCUCCUGUAGAAGAUGACCCAUCUCUUCAAGAAGAAGAGGAUGAUGAUGACGAAGAAGAAGAAGAAAUUGAACAAGUAGAAGAAGAAGAAGAAGAGGAUCAAGAAGAGGAAGAGCAAGUUGAAGAAGAAGAAGAAGAAGAAGAAGAAGAAGAAGAAGUUGAAGAGGAAGAGGAAGAGGAAGAAGAAGUUGAAGAGGAGGAGGAGGAAGUAGAAACGGUGGAGGUUGAAGAGGAGGAGGAGGAAGAUGAGGAAGAAGAAGCAAUAGAGAUGGAAGAGGAUGAAGAACAAGAAACAGUAGUAGAGGACAAAGAUGAAGUUCUAGAUUCCAUGCCUGUUCAACAUAGAAAAGAAACAGUAGAGGUGGAAGAAGAAGAGGAGGAGGAGGAGGAGGAGGAGGAGGAGGAGGAGGAAGAGGAGCAGGAAGAGGAGGAGGAGGAGGAAGAAGAAGAAGAACUACAACAACAAGAAGAAGAAGAAGGAAAAGAAAAAGAAGAGGCAAUAGUGAUGGAAGAGGAGGAAGAACAAGAAACAGUAGUUGAGGAGAAAGAUAAAGACAAAGAUGAGGUUCCAGAUUCUCUUCCCAAUGCGGAUAAACACAGCAAAGAAAUAGUAAAGGUGGAAGAAGAGGAAAAAGAAGCAAUAAAGACGGAGGAGGAGGAAGAACAAGAAACAGCAAUUGAGGAGGAAGAACCAGAAACAGCAGUUGAGGAGAAAGACAAAGACAAAGACGAGGUUCCAGAUUCUCUUCCCGAUGCGGAUAAACAUAGCAAAGAUUCAAGCCAGCAUAUGGAGCUUGAUGAGAAAGAGGACAAUUUGGGGUCAGUUUCUUCUGUGCCCGAGAACCCUGAAGUAAUACGGCCAGAACAUGAUAUGGACGGGAAUGAUGCCAUGCUUAAAGCAUCUGUUCCGUCACAUGAGGAAUUGACAUUGAAAAAGGAGGAGUUCCCCUUGAAACAAGAAGUUUCGAGUCCUCCAAAACCAAGUGAAAACUUGAUUCCUGCUGAAGAUGGGAAAAAUCAAGGCUUAAACGUUGAUGUUGAAAAUUCCGGACAUCUUCAGAGGAAAAUCUUUGGAGGAUGCAGUGAACCAGAUUGCAAUACCAAAGUUUCUUUAUCUGAUGUUAAGGACAUGGAUUCUAGGGCCACCAAGUCAUCUAGUGAUAUGGAAAAAGAUGCGGUUACUGGAAUCACGCCGAGGGGUAAUUUUGUUGAAGAUGCUGAUGGCGGUCAGAACUCUCGGGAGAAAAUUAUGCAGUCAGAGACGGAGCCACGGGUUGAUGUAAAACAAAAGCAGUCAAGUAGGAUUAGAAGUCUGUCCCCCAGUGCUGCGAUUAAAGAUGGAAACAAAAGGCCUGCAAUUACAUGUGCUUUUUUCGCUCAAGGUUGGUGCAUCAGAGGCAGUUCAUGUAGCUUUCUUCAUAUAAAGGAUAGUGUGAAUAAUACCGACCAGGGGGUUGAAGGAGAUCUAGUUACUGCACAUCAGAAGAGAGAAUUGAAAUUGGAAAAAGGUGUUAAGGAAAAUGUUGAUAGGUCAAGAACGAAUGAGGGAGAAGCAAGUCCAAGUUGGCAUUCAUCUCGUGAAAAGGAGAAGUUUCCAAUGAGGGACAGCUUGUUUCCAGAGAAUAGAUCUGCAUUUAAUACAUCAAACAAUUAUUUCGGCUCAAAUCUUUCCUCAUUUUCAUCCCGUGAAGAGGGAAUGACUGCUAUUCGAAACCAUCAUAUGUACAGAGGAUAUACAUCCAGAGAAGAUUUUAGUUCAUCUUUAGGUGCAAGUGCUUUGGACUCUCAAAAGCUUUUGAACAGUGAGAAGGAAUAUCACACUCAUAAGUCCUCUUUCUCUUCAGAUUGGGAAGAUUUGCAUCGAGUUGGUUCAUCUAGGGUUCCACCACAUGCUAAUGGAUAUAAACUAAAAACUGGCUCUCAUGAUUGGGAACCUUCUGUUCCAUUUCGACCAUCCUUUUUUAUCACUUCUAUGAAUGUAUCAUCCCCCGGAGAUCUUUAUGACCCUCUACGUGAUAGCGUUGAGAUACCUAAUAUUGGAGACGGGUCUUUGAAAGCUUUUCUAAUUCGAGGGUCAUCUAUCCAGGCUUCAUCACAGGUACGGACAUAUGAUGAUUCUGCUGCAGGUGGGAAACACAUGUCUGAUCUUAAUGAUGAGAAAAGUUCUGUAUCUUCACAUAAUAAAAUUUAUGAAAAUGAGCCAAACAGAAGUUCUGUUCCUCGUGGGAACGAUUCUCUUGCAACCAAAACAGAGAUAACAUCAGGAACUUGUGCAAACUACCAUAAUGGUAACAUAGGUGUGGGACGACAUGCCUUUGGUGCUGAAGAUAGGACGGAAACAGUGAAAAAACGGACUGAGCCUGAUGCCAUGCAUCAUGGUGAUGGAUCAGAGCACAGAAAGAAGAAAGUAGCAAAGGAUAAUAAAAUUCAUGAAAUGGAGGUUGACUUUCCGACGGAUAGCAGUGUGCACAAAGAAACAAAGGCGCUGAAAUUUUUUCGGCCAACCCUUGUUGAUCUAGUGAAAGAGUUGCUAAAACCAUUUUGGCACGAGGGUCGUGUCAGCAAGGAUGCACAUGUACUGAUAGUUAAAAAAUCAGUUGACAAGGUUAUUAGCACUUUAGAGCCACACCAAAUUCCGACCACUGAAGAUACUGCUAAGCAAUAUGUUUCUUCAUGUCGGCAGAAAAUUGCGAAGUUAGUCCAGGGAUAUGUCAAUAAAUAUAGCAAACCUUGAUAUGCUAGCCCAAACACCUUUUUUGUACAGUUUCUGAUAAGUUUGGCUGAUUCCAAUUCAUGACAACUUCGGUCAGAGACUAUCUGUUUCAAAGUCAAGGUUGAUUUGGAAUAUUUUGAAUUCUCUUUCAAGAUGUUUGCUUCAUUUUUUUCCCCGCACUUUCUCUUGCUUGUUCCAUUCUAAAGUAAACUGGCUUGAAUUGCAUGGUUUAUAAGGAUAUCUUAUUUAUUUUAAUUUGCAUAAUUAUGGUACUUAUUUAGAUAUACUAGAAAAUACCCGUGCAUUCGCACGGGUCCGUGGAUUUGUUUUUGUAAAUAUAUUGGUGUACUGUGCUGUAGAGUUUAACAAAUUGUGACAUAGCUAGAGCUAGGGUUUUAAAAGUUGCAAUAUGUUGGAAAGGUUUCAAGGUCCCAAUUGUCAAUCUUAGCAUUUAUAUUUUUCCCUGUU